AUGAGGAUGAGGAUCUUUACACUUUCAAAAGUAUGUGCAGUUCUGGCUGCAGUAUUUUUUCGAUCGACGUCUGCUUCUCGCGUCGAAGAAAUAGGAGGUGACGUAGAACGGAAACGAUCUUCGCAUUAAGGGUCUCUUUCACUCUCACAUUCACUCUCACUGAGUACCUAAAUAACAAGGAAAAAAACACUAACGCUCCAUCCAGGGGUGUAGAGGGGCGUUAUACAGUCAAGAGAUUGUAAGUAAACAUAAAUAAUGAUUGGUAGUGGUCCCUCUGCGGCUGCACAUGUUCGCCCGAGGGUACAGGUCAAACUGUGGACGGCGACUCAUCUCCUAUCCUAUCCUAUCCUAUCGUCCUAUCCACCCUACGAAGGAGUAGAGAGAAUAAGCCAACUUUCAUUCAACCUCUAAAAAGGACACGACGAGCUGUUGUUGCCUCUGCCUUGGAGAAGUACUAGACCAGCACAACCUCGACCGCAUCCGCACACCUGCACAUCGAUCAUUCCGAAUCGUAGUGCAUCGCCUACGCGACGUAGAUCUUCUUCGUCCCUUACCAUGCCCCUGGGGACAUCAACAACUGGACGAGGGAGCUCCUCUCCUAGUACUAGUAGCAGUAGACUUAUUUCUUGUAGUAGUAGUUCUAGUGCUAUGGAUUUAUCUACUCCAAGUACACAAGCAGGAACAACGACCUCUUCAAGAACUAGUGGAGCAUCUUCGCCUAGCACACCGACAUCUGGCCCAUGGCCACCCUCUCUUUCUCUUGGCACACCAGAGCUGAUGUCAUCAUGUUGGUCGGCAAAUGGUCGUUUGGGAAAAAGGCGUCAAAUACAAAGCAGUCAUUUCUUAGUCCAUAAAGUGGCUUCGAAACUGACCAAGCGACUGCCGAGAAAAAUCCUGAGCCGAGGAAUCGCACUACAACGUCGCCCCAUGCUCGCGACAGGAAAAACAGCACGAAUAGACCUUCAAGCAGCAGGCGUGACACUGGACGACUUGUUGGUGGGUCAAACUCAAAGCCCCGGACCUCAUCACAUUACGAGGAAGUAAGAAUGACAUUUUUCACUUGUUAUAUUAAAUGAGUAAGUAAGAAGAAGAACGACACUUUUCACUCUCAGUGACGAUGUUUUCUGAAAGCACCAAAGUCUCGAGACUCAUUGAUCUCUCUUGAUGCUCUCCUUGAUCCUCUUUCGUCAAGAAUCAUCGCGUUUCUUUCUUGUUCUUCUUCUUCUCCUGGCUUGAUCUUUAAUCCCUGGAUUGCAUCUCUUGGCUUUAGUCACAGAAUGGCGUCGAGGUACGUUUGCGGCCGUGUCCUGGAUCGUGACGAGGAAAAACGCACUUACACCAUGCAACUGCAAUUCUUACGACUAGAUGUUGUACCGCUCGAGCAUGUCCUUAGAUGAACAAGCAUUAGCCUUUUAUUACUAUAGCUUCGUUUCUGUUUCGUUUUCCACAGUUAAGUCUGCUCCACCAUGAAUUGUUUCCACUCGAAAAAAGGAUGCACUUGGGGAUGCACUCGAGGGCCUUUUUUCUACUUGAAAAAGAAGAGCCCUAGGGUAUGACUCUCAGGGAAGAUGGGGACCAAGGAUGCACUCAGGGAAGAUGCUAUCGCGGUUGCAGCUCUAAAAUUGAACCUCCAUCGCAAGCGGAACAUCGAUAAUGCAGUAAUUUUGCAUAAUGUUCCAAUCCGCGCUGUAAGGCGAACGAUGCGGCAGAGACUUCUACACACUUUUCAUCGAAUUCGGAAUCGUGUCAGCGCAGCCUUCCAUACUUAAGUGGGGAUAUUGAUUUGGAUAUACGGACUCAUAGUACAAACUGCUCACACUCAGACUCAUUCUUACAACAUUCUUUCAGGAGUAGACACUUCUUAUAUUUGUAUUUCAACAUUAUAGAGCUCUAAGAGACACUGCACAACCUGAAUCGAAUUGCGCAAUGUGUAGCGCCGAUGAGCCAUUGCGCAAUGUAGUGAGGCUUCCACGGCCUUCAGUCACGACACUUGCUGAUUUGUCCUCCGAAGAUGCGGAUUUGUCCUCUCGAAGUCGGGAACGAUUUUUACAUUAUUCUCAUGUAGGAUAGAAGAAUCAAGGCACCAGGUUUAUCACGCAAGGAUCCAAGAACAAGUUGAUAUCUACGUGUCCUUGUCACGCAAAUGCUGCUGAAUCAGUCAAUCUCAAUCAAGCCAAACAUGAUGAAAAUCGAUGAGUAAGCUCCGCUGACAGACGACCCAAAGAACACUAUGAUGAGAAUAAAUGCAUAAUAUCGGCUUCGGCUGCAGCUAGUCCACGGCGAUCAUAAGUAAUUUUUUUCAGAGCUUGUCCUUCAUAUUCCUACGGAAUACUUCUAUUCUGUUUCCUGACGCUCA